UUUUUGCGUGUGUUCAAUAUUCAAUAAUUCAAUUUGUUCAAUUUUCAAUUUGUUAUUUUUAAUUGUGGAUAGAUAGAUAUUUUUUUAUAAAUUAUGCUCAUUAUUACUUACUUACUUAUUAUCUAUGAUAUGAUUUCAAUUGACUCUGAGUGUGUCUUAUCUCAACGCAGUGUUUUGCGUUGUUGAUCUAAUUUAUCAAAAAUAUCCCAUUAUUUCUGAAGUAAUAGAAGAAGACCGCAAAGCAUUAAAAACGUGUUCCAUUCAGUGUUUUAUGUGCAUCGGUAAUCGUUUAUGCAGCAAAACAUUCAAACCACGUAAAAACAGUUCGGAUAUUAAUCAAACCAACAACAACAACAAUACUACUAAUAAUACUACUAAUAGUAGUAAUAAUAAUAAUAAUACAAGUACUGCUAAUCCAACUACUACUACUACUAAUAAUACUACUGAAAAUCAUCAUCAUCAGCAUCAUCAUCAAUGCAACAUCAAUGAUAAUAAACAUCAACACCAACAAUAUGAUAUGCUACCAGAAACUGCUGCAACAUUAGGCAGUGGAGAUCUAAGAUUGGCAGUACGUUUACCAGAAGGUGAAGAUUUACAUGAAUGGAUUGCAAUUAAUACUGUAGAUUUUUUCAAUCAAAUCAAUAUGCUCUAUGGUACAUUAUUGGAAUUUUGUACUGAUGAUACAUGUCCUAUUAUGUCAGCUGGUCCAAAAUAUGAAUAUCAUUGGGCUGAUGGACAAACGAUUAAAAAACCAUUGAAAUGUUCCGCUCCACAUUAUAUUGAUUGUUUAAUGAUAUGGAUUCAGAAACAAUUAGAAAAUGAAGCAAUAUUUCCAUCGAAAAUUGGUGCUCCAUUUCCUCGUGAUUUUCUCAAUGUUGUCAAAGUGAUAUUGAAACGUUUAUUUCGUGUUUAUGCACAUAUUUAUUAUCAACAUUUUUCGGAAGUGCGUGAUUUACAAGAAGAAGCACAUUUAAAUACAAGUUUUAAACAUUUUAUUUAUUUUGUAUUGGAAUUUAAUUUAGUACAAAAACGUGAACUUGUACCAUUACAACAUUUAAUUGAUUUAUUAACAACCAAUGAUCAAUACAACAAUAAUAAUAAUAAUACUGAUAAUAAUAAUGACGGUUCUACAUCCCAUAAUCAUUCAAUACAUACAACGACUACCACUACUACUGAUAACAAUAUUAGUAGUACAGUGAAUGAUAGUUAAUUUUUUGCCCGCAUACAUAUCUCUCUUUUUAUAUAAUAAUAUAGAUCGAUAAAAUAUUAUUAGAUGAGUGGUGGUGUACUUUUAUUCUUUCGCAAUUAAUCUCAUAGUGAUCAAUGUGAUGAUGAUGAUGAUGAUGAUGAUGAUGAUGAUGACGACGACAAUUUAUAUGCGUAUCCUUGAUUUAUGCCUUCAUUCUUUGUUUUUUUUUUGCCCUAUACACACUGACUUGUUGAUGAGUUUUUAUUUGCUUCGGGGUGGUGGUAUUGUAACUGUACUUUGUUGUUUUUGUUUGACACAUGAAAAUUGUACUAUUCUCGCCUUUUUUUCACCGAAAAAUAUUUUCUCCUGUAUGUAUAAUUUAGAGUAAUAUUUUUUACUUUUUGUUGGUAUACCAAAAAUCAAAGAACACAGUACAUAUAUAAAUAUACAUAUAUAAUAUACAUAAAUGAUAAAU